AUGCGCGACGCCAUCAGAGAUGACGAUGAUCGUGGCAUCGAGGAAACACUCGAGCGCCUCGGCUUUGGCGCGUACCAAUGGCGUCUCUUCGCGCUCUGUGGCUGUGGAUGGAUGAGCGAUAACAGCGCCCUGCAAUGUAUUGCUGUCGUGCUGCCUCGUGUUCGCGUACACUUCAAUUUGGGCAGCGAGAUCGCGGGAUUGCUCAGCGCCAGCAUGAUGGCCGGGAUGAUGCUCGGCGCCGUAGGGUGGGGCGUGGUCUCCGACAUUCUCGGUCGCGCUCUUCCUUUCCACGCCACACUUCUCCUCACGGCCGUCUUCGGUAUCGCUGCCAGCUUUGCACCAAACUUCUGGGUGCUGUGCAUCUGCAUGUUUUUCUUGGGCACUGCUGUGGGUGGCUCGAUGCCGACGGACGGAACCCUCUUUCUUGAGAACCUCCCACAUUCCAAGCAGUACCUUCUGACUCUGCUGUCCGUCUUCUUCUCCUUUGGAGCAGUCUUGUCUUCGGUCGUUGGAUACUUCCUACUUCCGUCUGCGAGUUGUCGCGAUCACGACUCAUGCGACUUUGAAAAUGGCGCAAACAAUGGGUGGCGCCACGUCCUCUUCACUUUGGGGGCUAUCAACCUCGGGUGCGCCAUUGCUCGCAGCCUCCUCUUCCGUCUGCACGAGUCUCCGCGAUACCUCGUCUCCUCGGGGCGCGGCAAGGAGGCUGUGGUUGUUUUGCAGGCUAUCGCCGAUUUCAACCAGCACUCUAUGGACAUUGACCAUAACGACGUGCGACCCUCGCAAGCGGCUGGAGACUCUGGCGUAUCGGCUCUCUCGAACUUGUCCGGCGCCGAGGAGGCUCGCGCCCUAAUCCCUCCUUCAGAAGAUCCGAUCAUGUCGCCCCCGGCCUCUCCCAUGGCGCCCUUGAGCCCGCAUUCCUCGCGGUCGCCGCUCACACCGCGCUCGCGUAGUAACAGGCGCGGCGGGCGGUCCAAACCCAAGUUUGACUGGCUGCACGACUGGCAGAAGCAAAUGGCUAAGCUGUUCUCGCCUCGAUGGCGUAGGACAGUUAUCUUGAUGUGGAUUAUUUGGGGCUUGAUGGCGUUUGCCUACACCAUGUUUAACGUGUGGCUGCCGAGCGUGCUCGAGAGUCGCCAAGGGGAUGGAGACAACGCUAUUGAGGGUGCUCUGAAGGAGUAUGUUCUGUACGCCGCCGCUGGCUGCCCUGGAUCGGUAAUGGGAGCAUGGAUGAUCCAGACCAAACUAGGCCGCCGCAAAAGCCUGGCAGUGUGCACGCUCGGCACGGGCGCCGCCAUGCUGGCCUUCAUCCGCGUGCGCUCGAAGACAGCGAGCACAGUAAGCUCCAUGUUCAUCUCUCUCGCCGGUACAGCCAUGUACGCGGUUCUCUACGGCAUGACCCCCGAAACGUUCGGAACGAGCAUCCGCGGAACAGCGUGCGGUACGUCGGCGGCGCUGUCGCGUCUCGCAGGCGUCAUUGCGCCCGUUGUCGCGGGCGUGCUACUGGCGAUCCAGCCGACGUUGCCGUUGAUCGUGACGACCGCGGUCUACGGCGUCACAGCGUUCUGCGCGCUCCUGCUCCCGAAGAGCCACAGUUCGCGUGGGGCAAGCGGCGGACUGAUGCAUUAG